UGCCUCCAAUAGACGCCUAAAACGGUGCUUUCUCACAAGUAGCUUUUUAAAAUCAAACAUAAUUAUAAACAAUUCGUCUGCUUAAUCAAACGUAUCAGAAAAUUGAAAUCAUAAAAUACAUGGAUGUGAUAAAUUUCAUUUCGUGUCAACCUGUUUUUUGGUAUCUUUUUAUAAGUGCUACAUUUUAGGGUACCCAAACUUCAUAAGCACGUCGAAUUUGAUGUUAUUAGUUAGUGUAUUUAAGUACGGAAUACAGUGACAACGUUCAUUAUAAUACAAAAAUUGCUAUUAUAUUAAGUUAAUAAAUACUUUUGUUCUGUUAUAAGAUAAAAAUGAAAACAAUUUUGUGUUAUUUAAUAUAUUUUCUGUGCGUUUCUAUCGGAGUUGGAAACACACUGACUAAGGCAAAUUUAAAAGUAUCGGACAAAUCUUACAAUGCACAUUCUAUUUUAAAAAGACAGCAGUUACCGCCAUGUAUGGAUUGUGGAUGUGGUGAACGGAACGAAGAGCCAAGAGUGGUUGGCGGCGCAGGGUCCUAUGUGAAUGCAUUUCCAUGGAUCGCUCGUCUUAUUUACUUCAAGUCUUUCGGUUGCGGCGCUUCUCUCAUCAAUGAUAAAUACGUCGUGUCGGCAGCACAUUGCGUUAAAGGAUUCAUGUGGUUCUUGUUCCGUGUAACAUUCGGCGAACAUGAUCGCUGUUUGUAUGAAUCGCGACCUGAAACUCGGUACAUCGUGAAGAUGAUAGUACACAACUUCACUCUAACAGACCUCACUAAUGAUAUCUCCUUGCUGCAGCUCAAUGAGCCAGUGAAGUACUCACACGCUAUCAGGCCAGUCUGCUUACCUACUGUUAAAAGUGAUCUUUACCAUGGCACCUUAGCGACAGUCGCGGGAUGGGGAGCUAAAGCGGAGACGGGCAACUGGUCGUGUACACUGCUGGAGGCACAGUUACCAGUCCUAAGUAACGAGGAGUGUCAGAACACUAAUUAUAAUGAGUCUAAGAUCAGAGAUGUAAUGAUGUGUGCCGGUUUUCCUGCCACCGCACAUAAAGACGCUUGUACCGGUGACAGCGGUGGACCUUUGGUGGCUGAAAAUGUGGAACACGCUUACGAAUUGAUAGGUAUCGUGUCGUGGGGCUAUGGAUGUGCAAGAAAAGGAUUCCCUGGAGUGUAUACAAGAGUCAAUAAAUAUCUAGAUUGGAUAAAAGAUAAUACACAAGAUGGAUGUUAUUGCGUCGGGUAUAUCACGAACUGGUUUUAUAAAAUAAGGUGUUUUAAUAAAAAGGUAAAAGGCGAUGAUCCAAGGGCAAGCGGACACGACCCAUAUGCUGAGAGAUAUGGCUGCAAUUGUCGUUGUGGUGAGCGUAAUGAAGCAUCCCGUAUCCUCGGCGGCGAGGAGACGAAUGUGAACGAGUUCCCGUGGGUGGCACGACUCACUUACUUCAACAAGUUCUAUUGCGGCGGUAUGGUGAUCAAUGAUAGAUAUGUACUUACUGCCGCACAUUGUGUUAAAGGUUUGAUGUGGUUUAUGAUCAAAGUGACAUUGGGAGAGCAUAACCGGUGUAACGAGACGCAUCGGCCGGAGACACGUUACGUCAUUGAAGUGAUCGCUCACAACUUUACCUAUGUGACGUUCAAAGACGACAUCGCACUACUCCGACUGUCUGAUCGUGUGACUAUUACUGAUACUAUCAAACCUGUCUGUCUGCCGCAUAAUGACGAAAACACCUAUGUAGGUGUCAAAGCUAUAGCAGUUGGCUGGGGCUCUGUAGGUGAACAGAAGAACCACUCUUGCUAUCUUCUAGAUGUAGAACUACCAGUUUUAAGCAAUGAGGAGUGCAGGAACACCAAGUACGAGACGUCAAUGAUAGCUGACAGCAUGCUCUGUGCAGGCUUCCCAGACAAAGGACAGAAGGAUACCUGUCAGGGAGACAGCGGAGGCCCUUUAUCAGCUGAAAGAGGAGAUAAACGAUAUGAACUGCUAGGCGUGGUGUCUUGGGGCAUUGGUUGCGGUCGUGCUGGCUACCCUGGAGUGUACACUAGGGUCACCAAGUAUUUGUACUGGAUCAAGCAUAAUGCGCGUCAAGGAUGCUUCUGUGCUGAUUGAAUCUUAUCAAGUUACUAAACAUCGCACUCGAGAGGCGUUUAAUGUUUUCUUAAAUCAAGCCAUCCUACGAAAAGAGUUAUGUCUUUUAUGUAUCCUAUGAGAAAUGUGACUGUUUUCGUCGCAUGUGUCGUCGCAUAGUUUUUUCUUUUUUCUUAUACUAAAUUUAAACUAAGGGUAUUGUAGCCACUUAAUGACUAGCAGUAAAAAGUGUAGUCAACAAGAAAAAUAUUUAUUUUAUAAGAAAAAAACAAUGUUUUUAUGUAUUACUCAUUUGUUUAAUUAACAUAAAACAUACAAAAAUGCUCAGCAACUACAAUAAUUUAAGUAAUUAUAUUAUC